AUGGGUAAUCAUGUAACAGGUUCUAAAGAAGAAACUUCCACAGAACCUAAUGAAAACAAUUUUAAUAAUAUGGAAAUAGAAAAUAUAGAACAAACAACAACUGUAUUACCAUUUAAUACAAAUUUACUAACUAAAAAUGAAAUAAAUGUUUUAUCUUCAGAAGCAAAUGGUUUACUAAAUAAUGUAACAUCUGAAAUUUCAUCAUUAUUUUCUAAUGCAUCAGAUACAAUGGCUAAUAAACUUACUGAUUAUCCUAAAUUAAAUAUUUCUGAUAUUUCAAAUGUUCUUAAUAAUUUGACGGAUUCAUUACUUUCUGAUAAAACAACAACUCAAGGAUCAUUACAUACUUCUUUAAAUGUUAGUAAUUUAACAGUAACAGAACCUACAAUAUUAAAUACAACAACUGUACAAAAUUCAAAAUUAGAUAAUGAAACUUUAACAAAUUUGGGAACAACAUUAAAUAAUGAAAGUAUUGUUAUGGAAUCAACAACACUUAUGAUGAUUGAACCUAAUUCUAGUAUAAGCAUUACAACUACAGCCAAUAUACUUAAUGAUAAUAUGACAGCCACAUCAAUUGUCACAUCAAUACCUAAUUCCCUUUCAACAACAGGACCAUCUACUACAGGAAAUACAAAUGUAACUAUCUUUUCUACUAUAGAACCAUCUUCUAAUAAUACUGCAACAACAUUAAUUCCAUUACCAACUAUAGACUCGAAUAUUUCAAGUACUGAACUUAUUCCAACUACAACAGAAAUAGUUGAAAAUGCAACAGUUACACUUGGAAAUACUUUAUCAACAACAGAAUCUAUGUCUUCAAUGGCUACAACUAUACUUUCAAAUAUUUCUAGUACAGAAAUGACGACUUCAAUGGGAACAACAAUUGUUCCAAGUAUUUCUAGUACAGGAAUGACAUCAUCAAUGGGAACAACAAUUGUUCCGAGUAUUUCUAGUACAGGAAUGACAUCAUCAAUGGAAACAACAAUUGUUCCAAGUAUUUCUAGUACAGGAAUGUCAUCAUCAAUGGAAACAACAGUACUUCCAGGUAUUUCUAGUACAGAAAUGUCAUCAUCAAUGGGAACAACUGUUUUCCCAAGUAUUUUUAGUACAGAAAUGACAACAUUACUUCCAAAUAAUUCUAGUACAGGAAUGACAUCAUCAAUGGAAACAACAGCACUUCCAAGUAUUUCUAGUACGGGAAUGGCAACAUCAAUGGGAACAACAAUUUUCCCAAGUAUUUCUAGUACAGGAAUGACAACAACUCUUCCAAGUAUAACUUCUACAGGAAUGACAUCAACAAUGGAACCAACAAUUUUUCCAAGUAUUUCUAGUACAGGAAUGACAACUUCUAUACCAAUAACAAGUAUACCUAAUGUUUCAACGACAAAUAGUUUAAAUUCAACAAUUCAUCAAUUAUCUACAACUUCUGGUAUUAUGUUAUCAUCAACUACUCCUGGUCAAAUACUUUCUUCAAUAUUAUCAUCUACAAGACAAAUUACACUUACACCACCAAUAACAGUUCCAGAUAAAUGUUUAGAUUCUGCAGUAGAAUGUGAAUCAUAUUUACCACUUUGUAAUCAUGCAACAUUAGGUACUAUUAUAAAGACAAAUUGUCCCUUAACUUGUGGUGUUUGUACAAUCCCAAUAACCACAACAUGUUAUGAUCGUUUUAAAUUAUGUUCAUUUUCUAAAUUUCUUGGUUAUUGUAAUUCAUUAUUUUAUACACAAGAACAUAAAAUCAAAUAUUGUAAAGAAACAUGUGGAUUAUGUUAA